AGAGAUGGUGCUUUGUUGUGUGGCUCUGAUGCGUUACAUUCAAGCCUGACAGGAGCUGCGUGGCCAUCUCAGUCCCCACUCAUCCCCAAACACCAUGCCUAACCCAUCUCCCCAUAAGUAGAGCCAGGAAAAAUGGGAAACUGAGGCCGGGAAAUAGGGUGUCGUUCGGUGGGUGAGCUCCAGACCCACUGGCACAAUAUCUUAAAGGCUUGUGCUUGUUUUUCUGCUCCUGUGGCCUCAGCUGCUCCCCAAUACCUCAGGGAAGGGAGGGGCUGAGCUUCCAGCUUUCUCCACAGAUGCCACCACAACUACCAUCCUCCCAGACCCUACUAACUAGGCAUGGGGGUGGGGAGGAGGUCUACUUGCAGGGGGGAGCAGAGAAAAUCAGAGACUCACCCAGCCCUAUCCUGAGAGAAAGAUCAAGAGUGAGGAAGAAAGUCAGCAGGUGACUGCCAGUUUUUACCGUCAUCAGCUGGCAGGAUGUGAACUUCUGACAGUUGUUACUGCUGCUGUCACCUGUAUCCUGCCUCAUGUAGCACCUACCAACUUUUACUCCUGGUUCUUGUUUUGGGACCUGGGGGUGGUGACCUAAAGGGCUAGAGCUCCUGGGUCCUUCACCUGAGUGCUCCUGUGCAAAAUGUGUGUUUGCGUACAAAGGGCAACAGACAUGCAGGUGCCCCAGAUGAAGGCUUAGCAGACCCAAGAAAAGAGGAACUGGGCAGGCCAACAGGUCAAAUCACUGGCCCAAGGUUCCUGGGGAAUUGGUAGCAAAGCUAGCUAGCAGACACUGCUGGAACUGGAGUCCAGUCUCCGUCUCCCAGUGUAACACUCGCAUUGCCUUGCAAUGCAAUCAAUCCUUCAUUUCUUCUGUAUUUGUUAAACAUUUACUGAGCACCUACUAUGUACCAGGCACAAGUCAAAAUGGCAGUUCAGGACAGCACAAUGAGCUCUUUGAUGCCAGAAGCCCUGGGUCAUGGGGGAGCCUGGAAGAGGAGUCACUCCCUUAACCUGGGGAGGCCAGGAGAGGUUUCCUGGAGGAGAUGAGGCUUGAGUAGAGACUAGAAGCCGAGAAGUGGGGGAAGUGAUCAGGGCAGAGAAAGCAGGUGACAUGCAGGACAUGUCCUUGGACUUCAUGAGUAAAGCAUGCUCUCAAGGCGGUGGUCCGAGAGGGUUGGCAGGAGCAGGUCACAGUGGGGCUUGAGUCAUGUUAAGGAGUUUGGACUUGGUCCCGAAGCUGGUGUGCAGAAAUUGAAGGAUUGUAAGCAGCGAUGGCAUGAUUGCUUUGGUUGCAGUUUGGAGCAUAGGUUGCAGGGCCUAGCCUGGAAAUCUACAAUAUUCCAGGUGAGAAAUGAGGAGGGUUUGCAAUAGACUUCAGCAAUAGAACAGGAAAGGAGGCAAUAGUUGCCAGAGACACCUAGCAAUUAGAAUCAAGAGCUCUUGGAGAGCAAUUGGAGGUGGCCAGUGAGAGAGAGGGAGGUGUCUGGGGUUCCUGUGGUUCACAGAGAGGAAGCAGGUGAAGAAACCAGGUUAGAGGCAGAAACAACGUCUAGCUUUGGACAAGGUGGGUUUAUGGUGCCUAUGGGAGAUCAUCCAAGGGGAGAAGAGCAGAAGACAGCUAGGUGCUUGGCCUGGAGCUGAGCAGAGAGCUCCAUCUGGAGUGGAACCUGAUAUUUUGAAUCAAGGGCAGGGAUAAUUAACUCUAGUUUACACAUAAAGCUCAGAGAGUUAAGCAACUUGUCCAUAGAACGUUACACUACCAGUGAGCAAGGACAUGAACUCACAUUCCUGGGUUUCAAGUUCUGUGACGCUCAGGUUUUAUGCUACUUCCCCUGCCCCAGGAUGCUGCAGCUUCUAUGAGGGGAGGGGGCUUGGGGAGAAGGAAGCAGGUGUCUGAAUGUUUUGUCUCCUCCCCACGUGCCUUCUGCCUGAAAUUGGACUUGCCCAGAACUUGCAGGCAGGGGCAUUUCUGGGUGGCUUGGAGAUAUUGAGAGAUGCAGGGAGACAUAUUCUUGUCUCUUGGUAACCACAAGCCCUCAACCUACAGGGUUAGCACUUUGGUGGUUGUCAACAUGUAAGGAUGUCACAACCACGAAGUCAGCUGGGACUAGGCCCACAGAGCCUGGUGCUACUACCACAGCUGCCUCAGCAGCUCAGGAACUGAGAGUUCUGGACAGGUAGUUUGUAGUCACCGUGACGUACGUCCACAGCGUCUGCGAGGGGCCAGCGUCCCAGGGGAUUCCUAGGCCCUGCAGAAGACUCGUGGGGCUUCCGUGACCUCAUAGGCAAAGCUGUCUCGGCCCUCCCUAGGGGGCGGGGCUCGAAGCAUCCGGGCUCGACCUCGGCCCCGAAGGCCAUCGAGUCCUGCCCCUGCCUGGCCCGGGACACGCCAUGGGACAACUGAUCGCCAAAUUGAUGGGCAUCUUCGGGAAAGAGGAGCACAAAGUUAUCAUCGUGGGACUGGACAACGCAGGAAAGACCACCAUUCUUUACCAGUUCUUGAUGAAUGAGGUGGUCCAUACAUGUCCCACCAUCGGUAGCAAUGUGGAGGAGAUUGUUCUGCGAAAGACCCACUUCCUCAUGUGGGACAUAGGCGGACAGGAGGCUCUGCGCUCCACCUGGAACACGUACUACUCCAACACUGAGUUCAUCAUCCUUGUGAUUGACAGCACGGAUCGAGAUCGGCUGCUGACCACUCGGGAGGAGCUGUAUAAGAUGCUGGCCCAUGAGGCGCUGCGAGAUGCUUCCGUCCUGAUCUUUGCCAACAAGCAGGACAUGAAGGACUCCAUGACCACCGUGGAGAUCUCUCAAUUCCUCACCCUUAGUGCCAUCAAAGACCACCCGUGGCACAUACAGGGCUGCUGUGCCCUCACCGGGGAAGGACUGCCUGCUGGGCUCCAGUGGAUGCAAUCUCGGACCACUGCCAACUAAUGUCCCAGCCUGAGGCCAACCAGAAACUUUGGGGUUUUGUAUGGACUAUGUGGGUGGAAAACCCAAGUGGUUAUUUAUUACUUUUCUAUGAUUCUUGGAUGGGAGCAGGGGUAGCUAUGGACAAAUGACAUUGCCACUGUCCACCCAACCCCUGACAAAGCAGCUAGACUGCACACCCUGAACUGCUGUAGACAGAACAGCAGGAAAAGCUGCCCUUCAUUCCAUGGAAGCAGGUGUCCUUCUUGGAGACACCAGAGAAGCUCUUGGAUGUGUUGGGCGAUUAGGAAGUGGAGCCUCCUCCCCUCAGCUCUCAAGUUCUCUGUAGGAAAAAUGGAGGGGAGCAGAGUAAGAGACUGCUGUAUUUCCUAGACCCCACCCCUUCACCCCAACCCCAGCUUUCUGGCUCAUCAGCCAUCUUUAGGCAAAGAAGAUUAUAGAAAGAUGAAGGGGGUGGGCUCAGAGGAAGGAGGGCAGACUCAAAAGCUGGGAGGGGAGAAGGAGUGGGACAGGACAUCACAGACAGGGACAGUCCUUGGCACCGAAUGCAGUUCCACUCCUCCCUUGUCUUCCCAUUCCCUCUGAGAUGCUGGCUCUGACCCCAGCUUUUGAGCCGUAAGCCACCCCAUCGUGUACCCUUCACUCCCAGUGUCCUUCCAGUGUGAAUCCCACUUCUGCCAAGUGUCCCAGGUUCGUUCAGCGUCUGCUUAUUUUGUCUGUUUUUUUUUGUAAUGAUUUUUUCACACUGUAUUAGGAUUUUUA